UUAAAAGUCAAGCGUACCAUGGAAAUGAAGUCAACCGCCAGCCAGGUAAACAGAGCAACGGUCUCGUCUAGCGAUGACUCAUCCCCAUCGGCAUCGGCUGAGGCGACAGCCGCUGCAUAUAUGCGGCAAUUUGAGAAUAUUAUAGAACCGGGCAAAGAGGCAUCUAUGACCCGAGAGUUCAAGCCCCAAGUGGCCUAUGAAUUUGAACGCUAUUUAAAUCCCCAGAAGCUCAAACAGCAUGUGCUACGCAGCGAGAAGCUGCGCUCACUGCUGGAACACUACGCGCAACAGACAGGGCAGCCGAUCAAACAGCUGGAGCAGCAGGCGCGUGCGAUUAUAGAUGAGAUCGGUCUGGAUCGAAACAUGGCCAUAAUACGCUGGUGCGGCAUUGCGAUUACAGCCAUUGGUAAGCGCAUCUGUGAUGGUUUCUAUGUCAAUUCGACCAGCAUGGCCAAUGUGCGUAAGGAAAUGGGCCACUGUCCGGUGCUGUAUUUGCCCAGCCAUCGCAGCUAUAUGGACUUCAUACUGAUGAGCUACAUAUGCUAUUACUAUGACAUCGAAAUACCAGGCAUAGCAGCCGGCAUGGAUUUUCACUCAAUGUUCGGGAUGGGCACCAUGUUACGCAAGACGGGCGCCUUCUUCAUGCGUCGCAGCUUCUCAAACGAUGAGCUUUACUGGGACAUCUUUCGCGAGUAUAUGUACGCUCUGGUCGCCAGAUACCACAUUGGCGUAGAGUUCUUCAUAGAGGGCACGCGAUCUCGAAAUUUUAAGGCCCUGGUGCCCAAGGUGGGUCUGUUGUCGAUGGCCUUGUUGCCCUAUUUUACGGGCGAGGUGCCGGACGUAAUGAUAGUGCCCGUCAGCGUGGCCUACGAGCGUGUGCUGGAGGAGCAGCUGUUUGUCUAUGAGCUGCUGGGCGUGCCCAAGCCCAAAGAGUCCACGAAGGGCUUCUUCAAGGCUCUGAAAAUCAUCGACGAACGAUUUGGCAAAAUGUUUCUCGACUUCGGUGCGCCAAUUUCAGUGCGUCAAUUCUUUGGCCAUGACAGCACGCAGCGCAUGCAACGCGCCGGAUUGGGCGGAUCACUGCAAAAGCUCAAUCGGCAGGAGAUCGAGCUAGUAAAACAGCUGGCGAACGAGAUUAUCUACCAGCAGCAGCGACGCAUUGUCAUCACCACAUUUAAUUUACUAACUCUGUAUUAUGCCAGCAAGCUGUAUGGACAGUGCAGCGUCAAUGUGGAUGAGCUGUCCCGUGGCAUUUUACAUUUGAAGCGGAUUUUCGAGAAGCUCGGCGCCCAUGUCAGCACUAGCUCGAAUAGCAUCAAGGCGGACGUUAUCGAUGCCAUCGAAAUUCAUAGCAAUAUUCUGCAAUUUCGUGUAGGCAAACUUCAAUUCACUCCGCUGGCUGCAGAACAGCUGGCGGCACAGAUCGAUAUGCGACGGCUGAAGGCGCACGCCUUGUGUCCACAAACGAUGGCAGUGGCUGUGCCGAUGCUGGCACUACAGCUCUACAUAAAUCCGUGCAUGUUUUGGUUAGCACGGCCCGCCUAUCUGCUGCUUGCCGCCCUCAAGGAGCAGGGCCGUCAACAGCAGCUGGACAACUCGAGCUCGUACCAGGAAACGUUGGCUGCCCUGCACAACCAUGUGAGCAGCAUGGAUGCACUGUUCCAGCAUGAGUUCAUCAUCGAAUCGAAUCGCGAGGCGGCCGAGUUUGAGACGCAUUUGCGUCUGCUGAUCGAGGAGCGUGCCCUGCAGCUGAAUGAGCACACGGGCAAGGUUACUGUGCAGGAUAACGAGUGUACCAGAGUCAUACUGGCUGCACUGGCUCCAUUUCUCUGCCUCUACUACCAGCUAGCGGUCACGCUACGCCAGAUGUCAGGCGAAUUCAACUCCAAAGAUCUGUUGGUGCGGGUGCAAAAGCACGUGGAGCAGCUGUUGCAGCAGCCAGGCGGCACCGCCUCGCACGUGCAUCCCUAUUGUCUGGCCCUGGAUAAUUUAAACAUCGCUAUCUAUGCACUGAUACAGUCCGGAUAUCUGCAUAAAUCUCGGGAGACGGGCCUGAUGAGCAUCGCUGCGGCAACACCGAUGAAGUGCCUCAGGCAACUAGAGCUGCAGCUGCUGGAGUAUUGCCAGCUAAUGCCAUUUACCCAAUACUCGAUGGCUGCCAACCAGCAGGCGCAGUCGCAUAUGGCCAAAUUAUAACUGACAAAUGGCAAGCGGUUGGCGCCUGCCAGCUCUCCGCUGCCUACAACAAUGUCCUCGACCCAGGGUGAUCAUAGUACAAUAUCACUAUUCUUUCAAUGCAUUGUCAGCCUGCUCAAGAAUUGUCGCAUCAUUUGCAUACUAUUUGUUAUUGUAUUCGUCGCUCCCAUUUGGCAAUUAUUACUGUGGCUAUUGGCGACCCUCUGCUCAGCCGCGUAGUCUGUGUACGCCCGCGGUUAUGUAUGUAUGUGCUGAUUGAGAGUGCGACUGUGUGCAUGUGUAAAAUAUAUAUGGGUAUAUGGCGUUUGUGUAUACGAAGGUAGUUUGUUUUAGUGCUUAAGCAUUUAAUUAAAAUUUAAUAUUUCUUAAUUUUAAUUUAUUGCCAUAGAAAACAAAAACUCCCUGUUGUUUACAUUGUUGAAGGAAUUCAUGAUUUCUAAUAAUAAUUCAUAAACCUAGAGAUCCCAACGACAACCAGCAUAUAUGUUUACACGGAGAUCCAGUCAAAGGUCACUUUCUCUUUAUUAGUACAACUAUUUAACUAAUUUGGUACACUUCUUAACAUUCCUGGUACAUCAAUGUAAAUGAAUUUAUUUCACUUUAAUGUAAUGUUAUAUAAUUUGUACAGAUUAUAGUUUUUUUACGUGUAGUAGGUAUAUAGCCGGGUUUUCUAUUUUAAGAAAACUAAUGUUUAAGUAAUGCACAAUUAUGUCAAUUUUUUCGUUUGCCUAACAACCAAAUAGCAAGUCAUUUAAGCUAAGUUUUAAAUUGAUAGCUUAAGUUUGUUUACUAUUUUAGGGAAAGCACAAACUUAUUUAACAUGUUAUUUAAUGCGGCUAACAGCACUACAACUUAGUUAUACUCGUAGCACGACAUAGCUAUGCUAAUGUUUGCUUUAGUCCCAAUAUAACAUAAGCAUAAAGCAUUUGAAAAUAUACUCUUAACGCUGCUUCAAUAGGUUAAUGAUGGCUGCCGCACGUUUAACAGUUGGUUAUAUAGUUUUGAUAAGACUUUUUGACAUGCCUAACAUAUACAAGAUUUUAUUCAUUACCUAUUAUCAAACGUAUAUAGUUUGUAAUUGUGUCAGUUAUUUAUUGUAGGAAAGGGUUUUUGUAACUUGCCAUGGCAUUACGUUUCAUGUUUUUAGAAUAUUUAAUUCCCAAAGGUAUUUUGUGUUAUGAAGUAUAAAGUGCCAAUUGAAAUGCACUUGCAAUAUUAAUAAUCAAAUGAAUUAUAGUAUAUAGAAUCUGUAUAGCAGGUAUAUGUAUGUACAUAUAGUUUGAUAUAUUCUCAAUAUUUUUGUAACGCAUAGGGAUGUCUUGAGAACAAAAUACACAAUACAAGAAAUAAACAAAACUAAUGUGAGCUACCGAAGCACAAACAGAAGUCUAGCAACAAAAAGUGCAAUAUUUUGUCUUUUGUUUAAACAUUUUUUAAAAACAAUAUAUUUUUGUGGUAUAAGUGUUUUGUAGCUAAUUUUAUAUACAUACGUAUACUAUAGAAACCUAACACCAAUACACUAAUUUAUACACUACAUCAAUAGCAAAAAAUAAAAUAUAUUAAAUUGGUGCGAGUUGCGCCCUUUGCAUUAUUUUAACAAACAAAUAAAGUUAAACAAACUAAAAUUAAA